AUAUCCCAAACCGAGAGAAUGAUUAUUUGUUUUGGUGUAUUAAUUCCCGCUUUUUCGGUGACUUCCAACAAUCUUGAAGUAAUUACAACCAAAUGUUUCGAGCCCAAUGUUUGAACAAUGUCGGAACUUUGAUAGCGAUACACUUUCACCCCGCCAGAGUGGCGCAAAACAUUUCGAUCAAUGCCACCGAGGCUACAAAUCGCGGCAGUCUGAUUCGAGCGGCCGGUUUUGUCAGUGUGUCCACGUCUCCAAUAAAAAAGAGGAAAAUGGUUGAUAAACUAAGUGACGAAGAGCGAGUGAGCUUACUGAAACCUCUCUUGGAGUCUGGAUGGAAGGUUCAAAGUGAUAGAGAUGCUAUUAUAAAGGAAUUUCAAUUCAAAGACUUCAAUCAGGCAUUUGGAUUCAUGACUAGAACUGCAUUGCUUGCUGAGAAAAUGGAUCACCACCCAGAAUGGUUCAAUGUCUAUAAUAAACUGAAGGUCACACUGUCAUCCCAUGAUGUUAAUGGUCUCAGCAAAAGGGAUAUCAGGAUGGCGCAAUUCAUGGAUGAAAACUUUAAAUAAUUAUUCUAACCAAAAACAAACAAUGUUAUUAUUAAAGUUUCAUUAUGUAUUAUCAUCUCAUAUUUUACAUUCUGUAAGCAAAUUAUUAUAUUGAAUCAGAAUAUAUUUACUAUUAAUAUUGA